UGCGAGCGACAGACAGGCAGCCUACAGCACGCUGAAAGGACUGAAUCUCUGUCCGUCAGUUGCACUCUCUCGAAAUUAAACUUCUACUUCACCGCUACUUCAAGAUUGCUGCAUCUUGCCAGACAACCACUCUCGAGCCUCGUUACAUAUAUCUUGUUUUCUUCUUGCUAUCCUCAACUCGAGAACAAUGCCAGAUAGUGUUUCCGAAAAAGUGGAAAGUGUGAAAGAUAGAAGAAAGAGAUUGGCAAAGCAGAUAUGCAUCGUGAUUCUCGCCAGCCUCGGUCACCUCGCUAUAGGGAGCAACAUAACCUUCCCUUCUGUGGCUGUGAGUGACCUGGAAAGCUACAACACCACCAUCACGGGAGCUCAUCUCACACUCACUGACACAGAAAAGGAUAUGAUGGGGAGUCUGGUGUCCCUGGGGUCCCUCCCGGGGGCGUGGCUGGCGGGGGUCCUCAUGGCCGUGAUUGGGCGGCGCUAUUCCAUGAUCCUUUCGGGCGUGGUCUGCUUCGCGUCCUGGGUGGGCGUGGCUCUCCUGCCCACGCCCACUACGCUGCUCGUGGCAAGGAAGCCGGCUCCUCCGUUGACGAGAAUCUUGCGGCGAUCAUCGUCAUGGUCGUCCAGGUGCGCUCUGCAGUUGCAAAGUUACGCGUGUUUUUAG